UCAUGCAACACCAUAUCUGUCUCGAAAUGAAUUCCUCAAAAGUCAGAAUCAUCUUCAACUACACUUCCUUUCACCGGUGAGCCCAUACCUGUCAACCAAGCUUAUGUUUGUUCUUGCGGUGGACGUAUCGUCCAUCCAUCAUCACUGUUUAUUACUCUGAUAGGGCGGUGACAUUAUCCCCACUUCGUCCUAACCAUGCCUGGAACUGUCGGCCUCAGAAACCUUGUCCUAGCCCCGAGGCAUUGAGUAUGGUGACCUCACUACCUUUCUCUACCCCAACAUCGCCAACUGUCAACGACCAUGCGACCUCGCCUCCCACACCGCCCUCCACUCCUCGCCCGUCGCUCAUUGAUCAUCUGGGUAUGCACGCGGACAAUGUCCUGAGCCUGCCAGAUCAACAUAUCUCCACUCCACCGACUCCGAGCAGGCCUCGCGAACGGACUCGGGGAAAGGCACUGACGACGUCAAAGACCAAAAAGAGGCGGAUCACAUAUGUUUCUAGACACUUCCAAAAUGGCGAUACCGAUCCGAAUACUCAACGCCAGGUGACUGUCGCUGAUGAUGAUGAUGAUGAAGGUGUGCAACAUGUAAAACAUGAGGGCGGGCUGUCCGAGGACCAUGCUAUUGAAACACCCCCUAGCACUCCUGCAAGAUCAGCGAUAAUCCCGAGAAGUGACUUCGAUAUCGAUGGCCUUUCCUCCGAUUCCUCCCUCACCGACGUCCCAGAUGAUAUUGGGCCUGAUCCAUUUUCACCCCAACCCAAAUUGCCUUCUACUCCCUCCCAGACCAAAACCCAUAAUGGUACCAGCAAAACCAAACUGUCAAGGCAGCCGACCAAAUCUCCCUUCUUUCCAUCUCCUCAUAAACACCGCUCCAAUUUCUUGUCUACCCUGCCCUUUCCUCCACUCAGCCAUGACACAUUUGGGCUGAUGCAAGAGCGCCUGGCUCACGACCCUUUCCGACUGCUCAUUGCCACCAUCUUCCUGAACAAAACCCCAGGAGAGCGGGCAAUGCCAGUUUUCUACGAGCUCAUGACGCGAUAUCCUACGCCCAGUGAUCUUGCAUCUGCAGAAACCGCAGAUAUAGCCUCCAUGAUUCACAGGCUAGGGUUUCAGAACCAGCGAGCCAGGAAAUGCGUGGCUAUGGCCAAGGCAUGGACCUCGAGCCCCCCGCAACUAGGACGGAGAUUUAGGAAAGUUGACUAUCCUCUGAAAGGCGAUGGUCGAGAUGUGGGAAAAGACGAUGUUCUAGAAGACGCGGACUCCCGAGUGGCAUGGGAGAUCUCUCACCUGCCCGGCUUGGGGCCGUAUUCACAUGAUAGUUGGCGCAUGUUCUGUCGCGACAAACUGCGAGGUCUUUCGAGCGGGUGGAAUGGGGAGAAUAUCGUGCUAUCAGAAUCAUUUGAGCCUGAGUGGAAACGUGUACUACCAUUGGAUAAAGAAUUGAGGGCCUGGAUGACCUGGAUGUGGAUGAAAGAGGGUUGGAUUUGGAAUAAAGAAACUGGUCAGAAGAUCAAGGCCAGUGAUGCUCUUAUGGCGGAGGCUCGUGGAGGGGGUAUUGUCGUGGAAGAGGAGAACUCUCCCCAUCUAAUCAUGAAGUCUAUUGGUGAAGAAAAUGUCGAUAUCUUCCAGCAGCGUGAGCAGGUCGAACACACUGCGGGCGACUUUCUGCCGGUCGGGCAUGACAGAACGACUACUGAGAAACGCGGAUAGGACCAUCCAUAUUGGAUUCGUU